UUGCUAAAGCUUCAUGAUACUACCCAGUCUGUCUCCUUCUCUCCUCACUCUCCGUUCUUCUCUAGCCCCAUCUCUCACACUUCCUGUCUUUUUCUCUACUGCCUGUAUAUAAUAAAUUGACAAGCAUUUUUAGAUUCUAAUAUUUCCCUCUCUCCUCCCCUCCCCUCCACCUCUCCCUCUCUCUCUUUCCAUGUGAGAGGGAUGGCAAUACGCUGUCUCUUUUUUAUCUUUUCCCUCUUUGGACUCCUGCUGCUGAUCGCUGUGGUAACAAGGACCGUCCAGUCACGUGACUCUGCGGCUGGGCUCGCUACCUACAAUCCGCAACGGCGGCAGGGGGUAAUGGACAGAACGGGAGAGAGGAGGGUGGCGGAGGAGAGACUGAGUUAUAGAGGUUCUCUGAUUCCUGCAUCUCAGAAACAGAUGCUGCGAGUGAGGGGGCGUCGCCAGGCAGUCCAGCUCCCCCCACUGACCUCACAGGCCCCACCCACAUACCCUUGGGCCAUCGACUGGGGUCCCACCCUAAUUCCUGAAGAGACAAAUGACUUCCUGUCCACACCGGAAGAGGGCCACAGCCAGCAGCAGCGACAUCGCCAGAGACCCGAGCAGGCCACUCCCACCCAGCGGCUGGUAGAGAGUGAGAGAGGAGAGGAGCAAGGGAGUGAGAGACAGAGAGAGGGAGACGUGGCCACUCUGGAGACUGAUCUAUAUGAGACGGAGCCGGAAGCUGUGGAUCCCCAGUUCUAUGUCACUGUGACAAUCUCAACACUGCUGAUCCUCAUCGCAGCUGCAAUCACAGCCAAACUGUGUUAUGAUCACAGUAGAUCUCCUCCUCCUCUCUUACAUCGCUCUGUAGCUGCUCCUGGCUCUCUCUCGCUCUCUCUUUCGCGUUCCAUCGUUUCAGAAGAGAGUCAUCAUGCUCUGACCUCUACUGCAGGACUACCCCAAACUCUCUCCCCCUCCCUCUUGAACUUGGGGUGGGGGAGGGAGCGGUCGGGGAGAACCCACCCCCAUCCCUCGCCAGCCCCCCUUGAACCCACCCCAUCCCUGUCCUCCUUGUCUCCCACAGCCCAGCUACAGCAGGCUCGCAGAGCUGAGUUUCGUUGUCCCACUGCUCCUGAUUCUUGA